GAUUGAUUCCUUGAUCGAUUCCCUGAUCGAUUCCUUGAUCGAUUCCCUGAUCGAUUCGCGGUGCGCUCCGGGCUCCCCCUGCCGGUUGCUAUGGGAACCACACCCCGUGUGCCGCACGACACUUUACGCCUCUUUCGCGACAGCGCGCGGCGGCGUUGCUUUACGGCAGCGCGGCGGCCUAGGCCGCGGGACCCGGCGGGAUGAAGCAGAAACGGAAAAACGGAAAAGGAGAUGAGCGGAGCCAGGCGGAGCUGAUGGUGAUGGCCAUCGCUGACAUCAUCCAGGAGUUGGUGGCCGCGCAGCAGACGGGGAAGGACGUGGACGUGAACCGGCUGAAGACGGCGGUGUCGGCGCGUUACGGGCUGCGGGCGCAGCCGCGCCGGGUGGAUCUGAUCGCCGCCGCGCCGCCGCCGCUCCGGAACCUUCUGCUGCCCAAACUCAGAGCCAAGCCCGUCCGCACCGCCAGCGGGGUGGCCGUGGUGGCCGUGAUGUGCAAACCCCACCGCUGCCCCCACAUCAACUUCACCGGCAACAUCUGCGUGUACUGCCCGGGGGGGCCGGACUCUGAUUUUGAAUAUUCCACCCAGUCCUACACAGGAUAUGAGCCAACAUCCAUGAGGGCCAUCCGAGCUCGCUACGAUCCCUACCUCCAGACCAGGCACAGAGUGGAGCAGCUGCAGCAGCUGGGCCACAGCGUGGACAAGGUGGAAUUUGUGCUGAUGGGCGGCACCUUCAUGGCGCUGCCGGAGGAUUAUCGGGAGUUCUUCAUCCGCAGCCUGCACGACGCGCUCUCGGGUCACACCUCCGCCACCGUGGCCGAGGCCAUCAGGGUCGCGGAGCGCAGCCGCAGCCGCUGCGUGGGGAUGACCAUCGAGACCCGGCCGGAUUUCUGCCUGCGGCCGCACCUCAGCGCCAUGCUGGGCUACGGCUGCACGCGCCUCGAGAUCGGCGUGCAGAGCGUCUACGAGGACGUGGCCCGAGACACCAACAGGGGCCACACGGUGCGCGCGGUCAGCGAGUGUUUCCACCUGGCCAAGGACGCCGGCUUCAAGGUGGUGGCGCACAUGAUGCCCGACCUGCCCAACGUGGGGCUGGAGAGGGACAUGGACCAAUUCUUUGAAUUUUUCGAGAACCCGGCGUUCCGCCCCGACGGGAUGAAGUUGUACCCGACCUUGGUGAUCCGCGGCACCGGGCUCUACGAACUUUGGAAAAGUGGGAGAUACCGGAGUUACCCCCCGAGCACCUUGGUGGACCUGGUGGCACGGAUCCUGGCGCUGGUGCCACCUUGGACACGCGUCUACCGCGUCCAGAGGGACAUUCCCAUGCCCCUGGUCAGCUCCGGGGUGGAACACGGGAACCUCCGGGAACUCGCCCUGGCCAGGAUGAAGGACUUGGGCACUGAGUGCCGCGACAUUCGGACGCGCGAGGUCGGAAUUCAGGAAAUCCACAACAAAGUCCGGCCCUACCAGGUGGAGCUGAUCCGUCGGGAUUACGUGGCCAACGGCGGCUGGGAGACGUUCCUGUCCUACGAGGAUCCGGAUCAGGACAUCCUGGUGGGGCUUCUCCGCCUCCGGAAAAGUUCUCCGGAGACUUUCCGCCCGGAGCUGAAGGGCGGCGUCUCCGUCGUCCGGGAAUUGCACGUCUACGGCAGCGUGGUGCCCGUCAGCAGCCGCGAUCCCUCCAAAUUCCAGCACCAGGGGUUUGGAAUGCUGCUGAUGGAGGAGGCGGAGAGGAUCGCCAGGGAGGAACACGGGGCACGGAAAAUUGCCGUAAUUUCAG